AUGUCACCACACGAGACACCUGCGGGGGAAUCCCAGCAGACCCUCGAACAACAACUGGAACACAGGAAACGGAAAUCGGACAGAGCUUGCGAUUUCUGUAGAAGACGGAAGAGACCAGGCGAUGGAGAUCAAAUUGCGCGCAAGUCGUGCUCGAAUUGUACCAUAAACAACCUCAAGUGCACAUACCACGACACAGCCAAGAGGCAAGUUAUCAGCAAGACCUACGUGGAGGCAUUAGAACGGCGCAUCGAAGAGCUCGAAGCUCAGCUCGAACGUCGGGAACAACUAUCGGCCAACGAAGAAGGCGAAAGCCCGAUGACUAUGAGUUCCACCAGACCCAGCUCACCCCAUACCCCAAGCAUAACCCAAGAGCAAAUGCGCGACAUGGCGCGCGCAAUGAUACGUACGGGUACCCGGCACCGCCACGAGGAUCCCAAGGACGGAGAAGGCGUAGAGGGACCGGCCAUACCAGGCUCCAUCGAGUUUGAGCGUGGCGAGUACAACCCACAGGACGAGGAUAUCAUUGAACGCUUCCGGCACGUCCAACUGAACACCUCAAUAUUCAACCGAUUUUUGGGCAAGAGUAGCACGGCGCACCUCGUGUUGAAGCUCAUCAGCCUGAAGAAGCAACCAGACGAGCCCUACAGGGUCCCUGCCACCUUCUUGAAUGGACGUCGCUCCAGGUACUGGAGCGCGCGACCAUGGGAAUGUGCACUUCUCUCCACUGAAUCGGUGGAAUACGAAUUUCCAGAGGAGGAUCUUAUGCGCACACUCAUCGACCUCUUCUUCAACAACGUGCACCUCUACUUCCCCGUCCUCCACAGACCAAGCUUCGAGGAGGGCCUACGCAACGGCCGACAUCACACCGACCACGACUUCGGCGCGAUUGUUCUCUGCGUGUGCGCUUUGGGCGCCCGAUACUCGGAAGAUCCGAGGGUGCUUUCCGAAGAAUACGACAUGGAUAGCCAUUCCGGAGGAUGGAAAUGGUUCACCCAAGCGGAAAAGACGCGCAGACCGAUUUUUGGCGCGCCUAGCCUGCAGGAGAUUCAGUCGUAUUGCCUAUCGAUUUUAUUCAUGCUUGCGUCGUCGAACUUGAUGACGCAGCAUAUCUGGACGCGCAUUGGGGUCGCCAUACGGUACAUUCAGGACGUGGGCGCGCAUCGGCGGACAAGGAAGAAGAUUCCCACCAUUGUGGACGAACUAUGGAACCGGGCUGCUUGGGUCCUCGUAGCAUUGGAUAGGAAUUUGAGCUCGAUACUCGGUCGAAACUGCGCCAUGCCGGACGAAGACUUUGAUAUCCGUUAUCCCAUGGACGUCGACGACGAGUACUGGUACAAUCCCGAACGGCCAGAAGAGUCAUGGAAGCAGCCUGCAGACAAGCCUUCAAAGGUUGCAUGCUUCAUCCAGUACAUCAAGCUAUCCCGAAUAACCGAGGUCGCCAUCCGGACGAUUUAUGGCACGAAUAAGUACGGCUUCCUGAAGAAAUUCAUGGGUGAAGGUUGGGAACGCGACUUCGUCCAGGAACUCGAUUCUGCACUCAAUCAGUGGAUGGACGAGAUGCCGCGGUAUUUGCAAUGGGAUCCCGAACAACAAGACCACCAGCUAAUGAACCAGGCGGUGUUCCUGCAUUGUUCCUCCCGGCAAACGCAGAUUCUCAUCCAUCGCCCGUUCAUCACUGCGCAUCCACUAGCGGCAAAUCCGUCCUUCCCUUCGUUGACCAUCUGCACUACGGCAGCCCGAGCGUGUGCACAUAUUUUGGACCAGCAGAAGCGGAAGACAGGCGCUGGUUUGCCGUAUGUCAUGUUUGCUGCUUCUGUGUCCGCCAUCGUCUUGCUCGUCAGCAUGUGGACGCGCGUCAAGCCUCGGUCCCCACGAGAUCAGCUCAAGGAGCUCAAGGACGUUCAUCUCCUCAUGGACUACCUGAAGAGCAUGGAAGAUCGCUGGGUCACUGCUGGCCGUACCUGGGACGUCCUCGAUGAGCUAUGCUCCAUCGGGGAGCUCCCGAACUCGCAACUUGGCAAACGCACGCGCGACGGUGCAGACGACGCUUCCUCCGAACGGCCAAAUCCCAAUCAUCAUACAAAGCACGACGAGAUCGGGUACGACAGGGUACACCCGCGCAGCGAUCCCAAGCUGAGCGCGCAAGCCAUGGGUCCAUCGCAGUUCGCCCAGGGUCCUGUGGACAUAUGCGUGGGACCGAUGCACCACUCAGGUGUUGGUCCUCCGCCACCGAUGCAGAACGGCCUCUCUGCAUCGACGAUGUACAGCGCCCUCACUCCGGACCAGCUCGGCUACCCGGCGGGGGCAUGCGAUGCGCCUCCCGCUGUGUCAGGGACGGGCAAUUGGUUCUCGUCUCCGACAUCCGGCUCAAGUGGAAUGGCCGGCACGAGCAUGGGCUCGGCCAGACAUGCGAGCAUGGAUUCGACGGCACCCCGCGGUAGCAUGGAUUCGAUAGGGAGUAUGGACUCACUGGGCGGACGCGGCAGCAUGCACUCGACGACCUCGAGCAUGGAUGCGGGCGCUAGCUUCGACUCGCCGCCUGGGUGGGGCUCGUUCGGGGAGAUGGCGUCGACGGGCUUUACGGGCAGUCCUGGGAUGGGCGAGGCGAACCAGCUUGACCCAGACGGUAUGACGAUCUGGCAGUCAGUGCCGCCUGCUUUCGACCCCAACGAUUGGGUGACCUACCUCGCUGGAUUGGCCGAGGUCGCCAACAACGACCAGAGUGGCCAGCCCGUAGUCCAGCAGGUGGGCGGGGAGGACACAGUAGUGUUCCCCUCCAGUAUCCAGGAUGGGAGCAACUUCUACAUGGGCAAUCCAUCGUACCCGUCAUUCGAUCCAUCACGCUGAGCAUUAGAACAAGACCGUGGACAAUCGCAAUAGUUGAUCAACGCUUUCGAGGUAUUUAUCAGUCGUUCGAGUCACCCUGCUGUAUUCCUAGCGUAAAUCCUUCUGUAAUAUCAAUGAAUUACACCGCUCCUA